AACCCUCAAAUCAUCUUUUUCCCCCAAUCCUCUCUCUCUCAAUGAGCUUCUUCAAACCAUAAAAUCAAUCAAAACCCCACAAAAACCACACCGAAAAACAAAAAACCAAAAAAUGGGCAAAUACAUCAACCGGAACUCAAAACCCACCGGUGAACUUUCUCUAAUCGACAUCCCAACUCACGGCGGCGUCCGUACACGCGCCAAAACUCUUGCUCUUCAAAACGCCACCGUUUCAUCCACCGCCGGCUCCUACAUUCAGCUCCGCAGCCGCCGCCUCGUCAAGCCGACCCCCCCUAAACGACGCCGUGUUAAACCCAAAUCGAAUAAGAGUUCUUACAAAGGAGCUGGUUCGUAUAAAGGGGCUAAUUUAUCUGGGGUUAGGGUUAGGGUUCGUUCUGCAAGCUCUUCUGGGUCUGUUAAGAAUUUGGGUGAUGAUGAAGGUUCGUUUGGGGAGAACGUUCUUGAAAUUGAAGGAAAAGGAAGCACCCGAGAGACCACACCGUGCAAUUUGAUUAGGGAUCCGGAUACUAUAACCACUCCUGGUUCGUCUACAAAACGGGCUUCUUAUUCUAAUAAUGCUAAUUACCGAGUUCAAACUUCAGCACCGAGUCACAUCCCCUUGACAGUUGAAAUGGACGAGUUCUUCACCGAGCCAGAAAGGCAGCAGCAACAACUGUUUAUUGAAAAGUAUAACUUUGACCCUGUGAACGACAAGCCUCUCCCUGGGCGUUACGAAUGGGUGAAAAUGGACGGAACGAAAGAUAUUGAUUAACCACCCGUCUGGUCGUCGGGUCGGGUCGUCUUUUGUUAUAGUUUUUCAGUUAAUUAUUAAUCUUAAGUUUAACUUAGUUGAAGAUAUGGGUAGAAAUGACAUGACCUUUGUAAAGAAAGAAGUAAGAAGUAGGACCCAUAGUUUAGUAUGUAGAAGAUUAAUGAUCUGCAACAUAAGAAAACAGGUUUCUAACAGAUCAUCUACUAACAGGGGUAGAAGAUGGUGGUGGUGGUCUAAUAUGACUUUAGGUUAGUUUUCCUUAAUUGACCUUUAUUGUCUAUACUUUUGUACUACUACUAAUGCAAAGAUUGGAAACACCCCCCCUCCCCUUAAUAAAUUAUUAUUAUUAUUAUUAUAUGACUUUAUUC